CUCUAAUUAGUCUGGAAACGGAGGACCUAAUUCUUGCAUUCUGUGAAAACGGACAUCCACAAUUCAUCUUCCGUCCUGCCAAGACGAUUCCGAAUGUAAGGAUUAUCAAUGUUGUCUGUCGAUACCGGGGCAAGGCAAAACGUGUCAACCUAAACCGGAAGAAGACUUCGCUCGCGUUACCCGUCUGCUCUAAACUGAAAUCGGCUGAGAAUUUGGUUUUUAAUUUAGUGAACGUGAAGACGAUCGAAAAUGUAGCGAACAUGAGGGAGUUGUCAAAAGUGAACGUCGUGAGCGUAACAGGAACUUUUCUAGAAAACGUAACCGAUCCGGAUAACGUAAAAGAAAGAGAUCUGAAGAACGUAACAGGAGCAAGUUUCGAGAACGGUACGGACACACAUUCGAAAAACGUAACAGGAGCAAGUUUCGAGAACGGUACGGACACACGUUCGAAAAACGUAACAGAAGCAAGUUUCGAGAACGGUACGGACACACGUUCGAAAAACGUAACAGGAACAAGUUUCGAGAACGGAACAAACACACAUUCGAAAAACGUAACAAAAGCAAGUUUCGAGAACGGUACGGACACACGCUCGAAAAACGUAACAGGAACAAGUUUCGAGAACGGUACAGACACACAUUCGAAAAACGUAACAGGAGCAAGUUUCGAGAACGGUACGGACACACAUUCGAAAAACGUAACAGGAACAAGUUUCGAGAACGGUACAGACACACAUUCGAAAAACGUAACAGGAGCAAGUUUCGGAACGGUACAGAGACAAAUGCAGAGACCGUAACCAAUGCAAUUAUGAAGAACGUGACUGAAACAGGUAGAGAACAUAGCGAAACCAGAUUUGCAAAACAACAGGAACAAUAGUCUUGUAGCCAGGAAUAAAUCACUGCAGGACUACAUAGGCAAGCUGAAAAAAUUAGGAUUAGUAUUGUUUUAUCUUUUCUAGCCAGAAAUAGACCUAAUAGAUACAGUCCAGUGUAAAAAACCGUAACUGUAGUUUAAAUCUAUUUGAAAGCGAAAGCAUAUAAGUAUAUUAAACAACCCAAAGCCCGAUAUAUAAAUACUGUAGAUACAUAAUCAAACGAUCGCUUUAAAUACGUGUUUAACCGCGUAAGGUUAUACAGUAUCUAAAUUCAAAUAAAUCUGCAAGCGAUGGGUUGCACCGUGUUUGGAUGGCGCAACUGGCAAGCGGAAG